UGUCACAAGAUGGUACAGGCCAGAGUGCAGUAGCCCACUAUGAGGCUCUCCCCCCGUCCCUAAGCUGCACAGCUCCCUACAACCCUAGAGUGAGCCUGUCUGAUAGAGAGCGCAAGACAGAGUGUGUGUCUGUGUGUGAGUGUGUGUGUGAUCACAGAGGCAGCCGCCGAGAUGAGAGUGUGAAGCAGUGAGAGGGAAAACCCUAGAAAGAACAGCAGAGGCAAUCAGAAAGAGGGAGAGGACGUCAGCAAAAAAAAAGACAGAGCAGAGCAGAGGACACUGAGGAGGAGAGAAUCAGGGGGGGGCGGAUAAAGGACCAUGUGAAUCUACCAUCUUUAGACCAGGUCCCAAAGUCAACAGAGGCAAUGACUAGAUGACCGACCACCACAGACACACACCAGCAUCCUGUCCUGGAGCCUCGACAGGGAGGGACUAGAGACUUCCACACACACUCCAGGGGUAAACACGCGCUCUUCAACCAAUCCCCACAUCCACUGGAUCAUGUCGUCCACCGGGUCGACCAACCACAACAAGCGACUGGCAUCGGAGACAGACAACUCUCAGCGGUUGUUGGAUAACGAUUCCACCGUGCAGCUGAAGAUGAGGGAGCGACAGCGUUUCUUUGAGGAGGUCUACCAGCACGAUGUCGAUAACUACUUGCCCUCUGCUCACUUGCAGAUCGACAGCAGGAAACCUCCAAUGGGCAGUAUCUCAUCUAUGGAAGUGAAUGUGGAUGUCCUGGAGCAGAUGGACUUGAUGGAUGUAUCUGACCAGGAGGCUCUAGAUGUGUUUCUAAACUCGGGCUCUGGAGCAGAGGAUGGAGCGCUGGCUUCCCCACUGCCAGAGUGUGAGGAUGACGACGAAGAGGAGGAGGAUGAAGACGCAGAGGUGGUCUACAGGGAGCGUGCGCCUUUGAAACGGCAAAACGAAGUCCACCGCGGCACCAAGUCUCGCAUGUCGUCCACAUCGUCUGGUUCCAGUGACACCAGUGGGGCCGGAGAGGACACGCCUGUGAUCCAGUCUGACGAUGAGGAAGUCCACGCGGACACUCUGCUGCUGACCUCUGCUCCCCAAACCAGGGAUGAAGAAACAGAGGAGGAAGAUGAGGAGGAAAGAGGCCUUGCGAGAGAGGGCAGAGGAGUCUGACAUCCUUCAAUCUGAGUGUCUACAUUUGCGUUCCUUUCUUUUGGGGAGAACCUAAGCAUGGUUGACCUGGCUUUGAUUCAAUGUGUCUUCUGUACAACUCAAAAUCAUCUAUGUUCCCCGAGUACCUCUUAAAUACUCUGUGUUUGUGGAAAUCAGAAUGAUUUGUGCCAUCUGGCAAUUUAUAUACAUGAGUCAGAUCACUCCCAUGCACUUACAUGUUCUGGCCAAGAUAAUUUUCAGUUGAAUUUUGGCUCCUCUUGCUGUCUCCCCUCCUCCUCUCCAUUUUUUUUUCACGACUUCAGAGGAACAGGCUCAGAGCGGCCGUGUGAAGCCCGAAGGUGCCUGCGCUCGAACUUUAUGGGCAAAUCGCAAUUGAAAGAACUUAAAGCCGAGGGAAGCCAUAUAGUAUUCACUGAACAAAUGCAGACAUGUACAAAAUAGCACUUUAAGAAUUAUUAAGGCUGCUGCGCACAUGAGGAUUUUCAACUCUUAAUCAAUUUUAAAAAACGAUUUGAAAUCUUAUAAUCUUCAGAACACUAGAUGACUUGGCCAGACCAUCAGACCACACCAUCACCAUUUGUAGGAAACGAUAUUAAAGCGGCGAUUCCAGAGACUUGAAAUCUCACAGACACUUCAGGAAGAAACAUGGAGGAGGAAUUUUCAUUGUGAUUAUUUGCAUUUAGAUUACGUUUAGAUUGCAUUUAGAGAUGCUGGCACGGUCCAAUCGAACUGUGGUCGAUCUUUUUAUUUGUCUGCAAGUGGAAAAUGGCUUUGUGCCAUAGCAUUUAGAUUCCAAACCCUAGACUGCGUGUAAAGAUAGACGACGUAUCUCCAUUUCCUCCUUAACCUUAUCCAGAAAUGAAGCCAAAAUGUCCCAGAUAUGAUCUCUGCCAUCUUGCGUAUUUUGGAGCCAAAUGGUGGAUGAAACCACCGCAGUGAUGAGGUGUCAUUAGAUCAAUGUAUUUGAUGUCUACUUUUACUUUUUAGUUUGGUCCAGGUCCAGGUUUAUGGUUGAGGAUCUGUCAUGUCAUCCAUCUUUGUUGAUGGUUUAUGCCUCAAGCUGACAGCUCCGUACCACACAGCCAAGAGGUCAAACUGUGCAGGGACCAUUCAUCGUCCCAUUGUGUUUUCAGAUGAUCAACAUGAGGCAGAAAUGAGUAAAAUCAAACAAAAAGUUCCUUUUCCUCUACUUACCAUUAAUCGUUUGCCAUGUGCAUGUGCAGACAGUUUAUAGUAUCAUCAAAGGAGCUGUGAUGUAAAUGCAUGCUGUAUUUGUUCUUGUAAAUUAGUAUUUCAUAGUUUUUCAAACCUGUACCUACAAAGUGUUGCAUUACGGAACGUAUCAGCACCUGAAGCCAAGUUACUCCUCUCGUCCACGUGAGACGUAGUCUGACAGUUGAGUGUUUGUCAUGUAGAGAGUGAGGGAUUUCCUUGUUUAUGCCGUCUACAACAUGUGUGUUUGUGUUGGUGUGUCAGGGUGUGGGCGUGUGGAUGUGUGCGGUAGAUGUGGACCAUCAACCUUACAAGACAACCAUUUUGCAGUGUUAUUAAUGUUGUGCAUCUCUUACCCAAUCCCACAUCUUGCUAUGGACUGAAUAAAAAUAAGGCAGAAGUUAAACCUGUUGAA